AACAAAGGACACCAGCGAUACGAGUAAACUCCGGCAGUCGAUCAGGAAGAACUUUGUUACUUCUUGGGUUUCUGUUUCUGCGCAAGACCUGGCCUCUUCGUGUUGUGCGUAGAUCUACGUGCAAACGUUGCUUUCCGGUGCAGAUUUAAUUCCUCCGCUGGUGGUUUCUUUCUGGCUGCCACGACUCUUUCCGUGUUACAGAAACUGUAGGUUUGCAGCCAUGUCGUAUUCUUACCAGCCCGUGCAGCGAGAUGCCGCAGACUCUCAUCUUGACCCUCCGGCUCCGGACUAUUAUCGCAGCGGCAGCGCUGGAGUUGCCACAACAGCCGUAACGCACACCCAGUCCUUGCCUGCUGAGCCGACGCUGAGGCCGUCGCGUUGCGCCAGCGGAACGCUCUUUGGCUUCGCCGUAGUGUGCAUUGUCUUGAGCAUCAUCAUGCUUGCGUUGAAUGUAGUACCUGCCGGCAAAAGAGUCGAAGUGUAUGUCGUCAACAACGCCGGAAGAUACGGAAGUAUUAGUUCAAUAACGAGGGAACAUCUAUUCGUCCCCGGUAUCUGGCUUGGCGUACUGGAGCUGAUAGCAGCGACGUUGGCACUGAUCUACGGGCUGAAGGCAUCACGAGCCAGCUGCACCAUCGAUCGGAAGUGCUGCGCACCAGUAUUCUGCACGGGAUGGUUCUUGUCGGUCGUAUUCGCACUCAUGUCAGUGGUGGCGGCCGUGGCAGGUGUUCUGGCCAUCAUCGUUAAGCUCGACGUACUAUUCAUCACAACGUUUCACCAGUGUACGGAUGGCUACAUAAGGGGUGUGACAGUAUGCGGUUGUGUAAGCGGAGACACUGUGUAUGGUGGGUUCAGGAAUGCCGACUGCGCAUUCGCGACAGGAACCCUGCCUAACCUGUAUGCUGCCGUUGCAGUCAUAUGCGGUUUAGUGUCUGUACUGAACAUUGUCAUCUCUGCUCUGUUCUGUGGAGCCCUCUGCUGUUGUUCCACAUACACACUGCCAGAUGCUGUAGCGAUGUCAUCAAUGGUCGUUGUGAGUUCUGCCCCAGCCCUGGCGCCUGAUGCACCCAUCACAGCUCACGUCGCUGCACCCGUCGUUGCAGCUGAACCAGUAACGGCAUACGCAUAUGAUCCCGCGGCUGCACCCGUAGCUGCACCAGCAAUGGCGUACGCAUAUGAUGCCACCGCCGCAGUUGCUCCCAAUCCACCUCAGUUCCAGAAAGACACAGAGCCCAUGCUGGCCAAUCCAAUCUAAUGGAGGCGGACAUCAAUUUACAGGACAAUAUCAAGCAAGGACAGACCAGAUCAGAACAUAAAACAACACCUCUUCUUUGGACAUAUUCUGCUCCAACCUUAGCCAGAGAAUGCACUUGUUCCGUGGUUGUUCUCUGUUGACUUUCUUUCACUGGCCACAAACUCUGUGUCGUGACGAAGCUGAACACCCCUGCCUUGCUGAGAGGUGAACAUAUCUACCUUGCUCACAGCUGUAUAGAUUUUUACCUUGCUCGUAGCUGUAGAUCCAAAUAAUAAAUUUUAUGUUGGCCCGUCGUUAAAAUGCUUCUGCCAUGGUUUCAUCUACUUCAUUUUGUGAAGUGCAUGUGCAUGUAUGACAUCUGCAUGCAUUGUUCCUAUUCAACAUGGCAUGCAUGUGUGUCUCGAUUGUGCAUGUAUGACAUCUGCAUGCAUUGUUCCUAUUCAACAUGGCAUGCAUGUGUGUCUUGGUAGCCUAUGACUAUGAGACUAUGUCUUGGUGCCAUGCCACUAUGGCUGCCUGGCUCACGGUGAUCCAUUGCGUUGUUUUCUACACGUGACCAUUCUGGCUGUGCACUGCCCAUGUCAUGAUCAUGAUGAAUUGAUGAUGCAGGUAACGUUAUGCAUGAUUGUACGCUCCCUCAUACCUCG